CUGCAGCAGACGCAGGCACAAGUGCAGGAGGUGGUUGAUAUAAUGUGUGUGAACGUAGACAAGGUGCUGCAGCGAGACGAGAAGCUCUCCGAGCUGGAUGACCGGGCAGACGCGCUGCAGGCCGGCGCCUCGGUGUUUGAGAGCAGCGCUGCCAAACUCAAAAGGAAGUACUGGUGGAAGAACUGCAAGAUGAUGAUCAUGAUGGGAGUGAUUGGUGCCCUUGUGGUGGUGGUGAUUGCAAGUCAGACAAUUCAGAGGGAUUCAGGGAUCAACAGCAUUGGAGGAGCGUGGUGGUGCAGGACCUGAGGAGACUCCACCAACACCCCUGAGCAUCCUGUCUGGCUGAGGAUGUUCACCUGGCCAGGUGACUCGUGCUCAUCUGAAGGACUCCCUUUCCUUUAGCUACUGACCUUGACAUUGGCAAAUUUUAUCAACAGUGGUUUUUACAGUUGUAUCUCCUGGUGCAAUUAUUAAACAGCACCGUUCUUGCAGAGAGACAGACAUUUUCAGCAGUGAUUCAUUUUGGACAAGAAGUUUUGCCUGUUAGCUGCUAAUUAAUCCCUGUAGUGCAAAUUGUGAUGUAUACAGAUGCUACUCAUUUUUUCUUAAGAAUUUACAAGUUUCUUGAUUUUUUGCACCAGUGCUUUCAUCAACCAAUUGUAUUAUUUUGUCAAAUAAUGAAGUCAGGUUUCCUUCUCACAACUUUUUUUUUUUCAAUACUGAAUUAUGAAAAUUAUUUUAAUUGUUGGAGCAUCUGUUAGCUAACUUGUAAUAACUUCACACUCUCUUACCUAUGAUUAUUACAACAGAACCAUCUAACAGUCAGGUGUCAUCUCACUUUCUGUCUCUGGACACUGGCACCUGUUUUUCCAUGACCUUGGGAUUUCUCUAGUACAUCAGGAUUUUUAAAUACCAAACUUCAUUGGGCGAGGUGCCUCCUCAGUCAAAUUCUUCUAUGAUUUUGACAUGCAAAUUUGCUUGGCUACUGAUCUGAAAAUACUUAUGCUUAAUAGAUGCUGUUAAAACUUUCCUUGGUUUGCAGAAAGAUGAAGGAGUUUUUUACCAUCCUCCUGUAGCGUGAAUACACAAAUCCAUUUAUUUUUGUAUGCAGACAACUAACUUUUCUGUAUCAAAAAGCCUCCAUCAAAAGUCAUCACUGUCAACAGUUUUACCUAUAUGCACCCAGUAGGAGCCUAAGCUCUCACUGCUAUUUCUUAGUUUUCAAUGUAUAUUGAAAAAAACUGCUUCCAAGUGCUGUUAGCACUUGCAGCAAUCCAGUUUUUCCAGAUUAUUUUGAACGCUCCUUAUCACCUUGUAUGCUUCAUAAAUUCUCACUUUUAUUGUGUGCCAUAUACCUCCUUUCCAUACCCCUUCCUUCUGCUUUUUUUUUUCUCUCCUGUUGGUUUUAUACAAGAUUUCUAAGCUUUAACCUUCAAAUUCCCUGUUAGGCCAGAAAAGGGCUGAAUUUUGUCUUUUUUUUCACAGCUACAGAGACACAGAUCUCCUUCAUCUCGUAAACUCUCAGCAGUGAAAUGUCUAUUAAUAAAAAAUGUAUUGCAGCUUUC